AAAAAUCUGCAGCCACUCCCCAAAACAAAAUUUUCGGACCUUCCUCAAGAGCAAAAGAAAAUGUCAGGGUACCCACACCCUCCUCCCGGCUACGGCUACGGCAGCGCUCCACCACCAGGCCAACCUUACGGCGCCCCGCCCCAAGGCCAACCCUACGGUGCGCCGCCCCAAAGCCAACCCUACGGCGCACCGCCGCAAGGGCAGCACCAGCACCAGACAGCCCAACCCUACGGUGCUCCGUCUGCACCGUACGGGGCCCCAUCCUCCGCACCGUACGGCGCGGCCUACGCGCCAGAGAAGCCGUACAAUCCAGAUAAGCCGUAUAAUCCCGACAAGCCUCACAAGAAUCAAGGUGGAGGAGGCGGAGGCGGAUACCCGAAUCAAGGUGGAGGAGGCGGAGGUGGAUACCCGCCACCUGCUCAUGGUUACGGGAGCCCGUUUGCGGCUUUAUUGCCAUCGGUGUUCCCGCCGGGCACAGACCCGAACGUCAUAGCUUGCUUUCAGGUGGCGGAUCAGGACGGCAGCGGCUUCAUCGACGACAAGGAGAUGCAGAGAGCUCUGUCGUCGUACAAUGAGAGCUUCAGCUUGAGGACUGUUCAUCUUCUCAUGUACACCUUCACCCAGACCAACGCCAGGAAGAUCGGGCCCAAGGAAUUCGCUGCACUGUUCUACAGUCUUCAAAGUUGGAGGGGAAUAUUUGAGAGGUCGGACCGGGACAGAAGUGGGUUCAUUGAUUCAAAUGAGUUGAGAGAUGCACUGCUGAGUCUGGGAUUUUCUGUGUCACCUGUAGUUUUGGAACUGCUGGUCUCUAAAUUCGACAAGUCUGGAGGCAAAAAGAGGGCCAUUGAAUAUGACAAUUUCAUCGAGUGCUGUCUGACUGUUAAGGGAUUAACUGAGAAGUUUAAGGAGAAGGACAAAGCGUACACUGGUACGGGAACUUUCAGUUAUGAGGAGUUCAUGUUGACCGUCCUGCCAUUCCUCAUUGCGUAGGUUGUUCGUUGUUAAAAGGCUUUAUGAAUUCGGGUUUUUACAGUAAUGUUGUAAUAUCUAGCUCCUUUUUUUUUCCUGUUUCUGCGUGGUGUGGAAUGCUGUAGCUGUAAUUUCUCCCUAUUUAGCUUUCAUAGAAUAAUGCUUCAGAGUUUGGUUUUUGCAUCAUUUUCCUAUCAAAGGUUAAUGCUUGGAAAUAAAAGUUCAUUUGUGGUGA